AUGGCACUCAGCACCCGCCUCGUCUCAGCCCUCUGGCCCACCCUGGCAGCUCUGCGCUGGGCAGGCCCCAGGCAGUGCCGGGGGCUCAGCACACCCCAGGCACCGGAGCCCUCACUUGAUCUCAGGGGCAUCUUCCCACCCCUUGCCACCCCCUUCUCACCCACGCAGGAGGUGGACUAUGCCCAGCUGGAGGGGAACCUCUGCCAGUAUGCCAGCAUCCCCUUCCGAGGGCUGGUGGUGCUGGGAUCCAACGGGGAGUAUCCCUACUUGACACCUCGCGAGCGGCUGGAGGUGGUGAGCUGUGUGCGCCAGGCUCUGCCCAAGGAUCGCCUGCUGCUGGCCGGCUCGGGCUGUGAAUCCACCCAGGCCACCAUUGAGCAGACGGUCAGCAUGGCAGAGGCAGGGGCUGAUGUGGCACUGGUCGUGACACCCUGCUAUUACCGGGGGGCCAUGACCAGUGCUGCUCUGAUCCAUCACUACACGGAGGUGGGCGACGCAUCCCCCAUCCCUGUGGUGCUCUACAGUGUCCCUGCCAACACUGGCCUGGACCUGCCCAUGGAGGCUGUCGUCACCCUGGCUCAGCACCCCAACAUCAUUGGGAUCAAGGACAGUGGUGGUGAUAUCACCCGCAUUGGGCUGAUGGUCCACAAGACACGGCAGGAGGAUUUCCAGGUGCUGGCAGGAUCAGCUGGCUUCCUGCUGGCGAGCUAUGCUGUGGGUGCCUCUGGGGGGGUCUGUGCCCUUGCCAACGUCCUGGGGGCCCCACUGUGCCAGCUGGCCCGCCUGUGCCGUGAGGACCAGUGGCAAGAGGCCUGCAACCUGCAGCACCGUCUCAUCGAGCCCAACACAGCG